UUUUAAAUUAAUUAAUUAAUUUAUUUUUAUUAUUAUUAUUUUAUUAUUAUUUAGUUAAACUCAGGAAUGUGUAAAGUCCCGGUCCACACUCCAUAUCAGUAGGUGGCGGUAAUACACCAAAAAGUUGUUUGUCAACCGCCAUAAAACAACACAAAGAAGAAGAAGAAGAAGAAGAAGAAGAAGAAGAAGAAUUUUUACUUUACUAAUUACUCUUUAGUGGUGAAAUGCUUCUCAGCAGCUGGUGUCGGCUGUGCUCUGUGUGUAGCCGUGUAGUUUGCAGCAGCAGAGGGAGGAGAGCAGGAUGGAGGACACUAACAGGACACAUGGAUCUGAAACACACUAACACACAGGUUCAGCACUGGGCUGCAGCAGCACCGAGGCGCCUGUGUCACAGUGAUCUGGGAGACUUGUACAAGGCUGAGUGUGUCCAGAGGUAUCUUCAGCAGCUCAUGGAGGAGCACAGAGACAUCAGCAAGAAGUUACAGCAUGCAUACAUCAGCGAGUCAGACAGAAAAGUGCUUCAGAAGAAGCACACAGAGCUGCAGCCUGUGGCUAAUGUGUUUGAGAGUAUAGAACAAGCCCUGAAAGACCUUGAGGAAAUCCUUGCACUCCUACACAGUUCAGCUGGUACUAAAGAUGAAGAUGAACAAAUGACCCAACUCUUGAAAGAGGAAGAAGAAAAUAUCUCCUGCAAGAUUUUGGCCUUAAGAAAAGAUUUGGUCAAAGCUCUUGUGCCCACCGACCCUCUGGACUCCAGUAAUAUCAUGCUGGAGGUUGUAUCAGGACGAACAACAGGAGGUGACAUAUGUCAGCAGUUCACCAAAGAGAUGUUUGACAUGUACCAAGGUUUCGCUUUUUACAAGAAUUGGGAUUUUGAGGUCUUGAACUACGCUCCUGCAGAUUAUGGUGGUCUGCACCAUGCGGCAGUGAGGAUAGCUGGUGAGGAUGUGUACAGACAUCUGAAGCAUGAAGGAGGAACACACCGGGUGCAGAGGAUCCCAGAGGUGGGCCUCUCCUCCAGGAUGCAGCGGAUCCACACAGGAACCAUGACCGUCAUUAUCCUGCCUCAGCCAGUAGAGUUUGACGUCCAAAUUGAUCCAAAGGAUCUCAGGAUCGACACAUUUAGAUCUAGUGGACCUGGGGGCCAAGGCGUCAACACCACGGACAGCGCGGUGCGCAUCGUUCAUCUUCCCACAGGCAUAACGGCUGAGUGUCAGGAGGGUCGCUCUCAGCUGAAAAACAGAGACACCGCUAUGAGCAUGCUGAGAGCCCGCAUGUACCAGAGCAUGAUGGGUAAAGUGACGGAGCAGAGGGAUGCAUCGCGGAGGCAGCAGGUGGGAACACGCUCCGGGUCGGAGCGGAUUCGAACCUACAACUUCAGCCAGGAUCGAGUCACAGACCACAGGACCGGAUAUGUUACGAGAGAUAUUAAGGAGUUCAUGAGAGGAGGAGAGGCUCUGCAUGAUCUUAUCUCUGAUGUGCUUGAACAUGCAGAGCGGGAGGCUCUUCUGCAGCUGGCGGAGAGCAGCAGCGUGCGAUGAGUCUGACACAUUCAGUACAAACAUAAUGUAGUAGGGCUGGGCGAUAUGGACCAAAAGUCAUAUCCCGAUAUAUUUAGGCUGAAUAUCGAUAUGUGUGAGAGCAAAUGAUCAGUCAAAGUCAAAGCCAAAUAUGACAUAUCACAAGUAGUUUUAUUGAAACUGUUUAUUUAACCCAUUUAAGCCGGGAAAGCAUUAUCGCAUUUCUACCAUUAAAAUCAAUUAUUUAGUAGGCGUUGACACUUCUGUUGAAUUUCCAGAAAAACUUCAGGUUUUAUUUUGAAAUCGCCCAGAGGUUUUAAAGGCAUUUUUUCCAGGCGCUUUAGGCCUAAAUGGGUUAAGUGAACAUAAAUACUAUAUACUUUUGUUUCCCUUUUAAAUCCAAGCUCCAUAAAGUGCAUAUUUGAAUAAAAAAAAUCUUAAAUAGAAAUAUCCUGUGAAAUAAAAUAGGCCAAUCUUUUUCUGAAAUAAAUAUGUAUAUGAGAAAAAAAUAAUGAACAUUACAAAAGAACUAAAUAUGAUAAACCCUAGUAAGGGCAGCAUUUAUAUAUAUAGAAUAUAUCGAUAUAUGCGAUAUGGUCUAAUUCCAUAUCACAUUUAAAAAGAUAUAUCUAUAUAUCGCCCUGCCCUAGUAAGCAUUAAUUAAUUAAGAUUAAGAUUUCCUUUACAAACCCUAGUAAGGGCAGCAUUUAUAUAUAAAGGAAGAAAAAAAAAAUUAAACUAUAUCAAUAUAUGCCAUAUGGUCUAAUUCCAUAUCACAUUUAAAAAUAUAUUGGUAUAUUUUUUAUAUUAAUAUAUCGCCCAGCCCUAUUAUGUAAUCCAGUAUAUGCAUUUUAUGCAAUAGAUUGUAAUAUUAAUGUAUGCUUGUGCAAUAGUCACAUUGCAAAUGAUGCAAUGUAAGACAAAUGGCACUCACUCAAAAUGAAGAGUUUUUUAUAUUUAAAUAAAAUAUUA